UUCAAAGUUCGCAAUCUUUGUACUUCCCGAGACCAAUAUUUAUUUUUCACGGAAUCAGGCGAAUGUCAUCGAAAAAAAUAAGUUCUGUUUUGUGUGCAAGGACAUAAGGAUAUAUUCCAAGUUAUUUUUCACGCUAUGCUGUAAUUUGCAUGUCAGUUUGAUACUUUUGACUGUGACAGUGAACACAAGACCGUUGGAAGAGUAGAUUAAUUACAGAAUCAUGUUUGAGUCGGGGCUUUUAAUUUUGACACGUCCAGUUCCGAUACUAAGAAAAAAUGUACAGGACAUACUCUCACGGGCAGCAAAAAUAAUCUCAAGUACAUUGUACGUACAUAUCCAACCUAAUCUAUCCACGAAACUGGAACCUGACCCAGCCAGACUUCAGUUUGUUCCUCCUGACAGAAACCUCCGCUUGCUGAUGACGGACAUCUAUUCCUCUAGUGCAUCAGUGUGUGGAAACAUGGACAUUUAUGUAUUGCUGGGAAAUAUAACCAACCAUCAAAGCCCGAUGACAAAGUGUCGCUAUAAUCUUAGAUCCAAAUUAGAAGUUGUUCUCUUGGACAAUAGUGAUCAAUUUACAGCGAAUGAACAGUAUUUUUAUAAGUUUUUCCAGAACACCUUUCAAACAUCUAACAACGACAUUAAAUUUCAAUGUAUUAGUGACAUAGAUUUCACACAGGAAAUGAAUUCUGAGGAGAAUUCACACAUACAGACAUACAGACAGGUGGUUCUAGGUGGUACCUUUGAUCGUUUACAUGUUGGACACAAGAUUCUCCUGGGGGAGGGGUGUUUACUGGCAGACGAGAGAUUAACAGUGGGGGUCACAACGGGAGAAAUGAAUCUUAAAAAAUCUCUACCAGAGUUUAUCCAGCCCACCACAGAAAGAAUCAACUCUGUGGUGCACUUUAUCGAGACAGUGAAACCACAGAUCAGUCACCACGUGGUGCCCAUCUCGGACAUGUUUGGCCCCACCAUCACUGACCCAGAUUUACAGUGUAUCAUUGUCAGUGCUGAGACGGCAAGAGGGGGCGAGAUAGUGAACCAAGAAAGACAGAAAAAGGGUUUUCAACAGCUAGAUGUGGAACAGAUUCAUGAUGGUCAAUCCAGCUCAUCAUCGCUACGGAAACGGUUACUGGGAACAGUGAUUAAUCCAGUUAAGGAGAACAGGAACAUUCCGACUUCUCCCUACGUUCUGGGUGUGACGGGGGGUAUAGCUAGUGGGAAGUCAGCCAUUUGUAAACGACUAGAGAAGCUGGGUGCAGCUACAGUGGACUGUGAUAAACUAGGUCAUCAGGCCUAUGUAAAAGGCACUCCUGGUUACGAUAAAGUUGUCAGUACUUUUGGUACUGGGAUUCUUGGGGAGGAUGGGGAGGUAAACAGAAGAGCCCUGGGAGCCAUUGUUUUCAGUGAUGAGGCAAAAAUGCAAACCCUAAAUGGAAUUGUUUGGCCAGAGAUUGCCAGGAUGGCCACGGAGGAGAUCAGGCAGUAUGGCAAAGAGGGUAAGACAAUCGUGGUAUUAGAGGCAGCCAUUCUACUUAAGGCAGGCUGGGAGACCAUGUGUCAUGAAGUUUGGGGGUGUGUCAUUCCUUUGGCAGAGGCCGUCAAGAGACUGGAGGACAGGAAUCACUUAUCUGAGGAGGAAGCUGUGAAAAGAAUAAAACUGGGAGUGACUAACGAGGAACUCGUCAACAGGUGUAAUGUCAUCCUGUGUUCACAGUGGGAAUACGAGUACACUCAACAACAGGUUGAGAAAGCCUGGCACCUUCUUCAGGAGAGACUCCCAUCCUCUGUCAAGUCUCAGUACUGAAGUCAUUCCACUGAUGGGCAACAUUAAAAAACAAUUUUUUAAAAAAAAUUUCUUCUGACAAUAAAGGAAACCAACUUUUACGCGCAAGCAACUACACAUGUAUGUCCGCCAGUUUUAAGAAUUUUUUUCAGUCAUUGCUGGAUUUCAAACUGAAGAAUCCCAAAUGAAAGAUGUCAAAAAUAAUUAUAGUUGGUUUUCAAUAUAUAUAAAUGAUAUAAUUUCCAUAAAUUUUAAAUCAGAAUGGACAGAUACUAGCCAAAUAAGAUUUGGUGAGGAAAUAUAGUUAGAUGAUCAUAUAAUGAAAUUAAGGCAGUAUUUUUAUACUUUUGUAUGUUGUGAAAUUG